AUGUCUGGCCUUAGCUCCAAAUUCGCGAAACUCAAUCCAUUCGGAAAAGCUGAGAAUGACGAGGAGAAUCACGGUGAGGAGGUCCAACCGAACUCCAUAGCCGGAGGCGGCCACGCCGCUCGAAGGACUCAGAUCACCAAAGAGCAAUUGAGAGUCAGCCACGCUAUCAGGAACUUCCUCUACAAUGAGAAUGUCCUCUCGCGUGCAGAUGCCGGACUGGAGCACGACGAGACUACCGCGGCGCUGAAAGAAUUCCUUGAUAAGCCACAUGUCCAUGUUCCACGGCAGCUCACUGACAGAUCACACCCUCUUACGGAGUACUUCAUCAGUUCUAGCCACAACACAUAUCUCCUUGCACAUCAGCUUUACGGUACGUCCUCGGCCGUAGCGUAUAGAACAGCUCUCAAGACCGGUGCGCGAUGCGUGGAAAUCGAUGCUUGGGACAAUCAGGAGGAGCAUGAAGAGCCCAAGGUCACUCAUGGCUACACGCUCGCCAGCCACAUCCCCUUCCGCACGGUUUGCGAGGCAAUCCGAGACGUUCUAGAUGAGGAAGUAGCGGAGCCACAACUUCCGUCCGGACACAGGGCUGGGCCGAUUCUGCUCUCUUUGGAAAACCAUUGCGGUGCUCCUGGUCAAUCACGCCUUGUACAGAUCAUGAGGGAGACUUGGGGCGACAGACUGUUGAGUAAAGCUGUACGCGAUCACGGUACCAGCGAGGAGCAGGGAUCGGGAGAUAAGGUCAAACUUGAGGAGCUUGGCUCCAAGAUUGCCGUCAUCGUAGAAUACCACCUUCCCUCGGAAGCAGACCCUGAAUCGAGCGCUGACGAGGACGAAGACCAGCAAAUUCGAAAAGACCAUAGAGCUUACCGAGAAGAAAAGAAGAAGGCACCUGCUGACGGCAUCAUUCCAGAGCUUGCCGACCUUGGCGUGUACGCUCAGUCAGUCAAGCCAGCCAGCAAUGACUGGUUUGAGAGUUCGCUCGAGCACGGUCCCCACAAUCAUUUGAUCAAUGUUUCGGAGUCAGGCCUGCUAUCCCUUCUGCCCGCUGCCAGCGAGAAGAUUGGCCAUCACAACGCCGAGCACCUGAUGAGAGUCUAUCCAAAAGGCACUCGCAUCUCCUCUCAGAAUCUCAACCCUGUCCCAUUCUGGGGACUCGGUGCUCAGAUCUGCGCUCUGAAUUGGCAGACUUUUGACCACAGCAUGCAACUGAACGAAGCACUCUUUGCCGGCUCGGAUGGAUAUAUCUUGAAGCCCGAAGGGCUCCGACACGGUGGUUCUGGAACGGGAAACAUAGGUAGGAAGAGGAAGCUUGUUCUGCACAUCGCUGGCGCUACGGAUGUUCCUGUGCCGGAGGACCGCGAAGCAGACGAGAUCCGCCCGUAUGUGACCUGCACGCUUGUCCACCCGCAAGAUCUCAAACCCGAGCCCCCAAAGCGCAAGACUUCGACAUACAAGCACCACAAGCUAGGCAUUGCUCAUCACGGUGAGAGCGCACCGGUAACGGAUCCGAUCUGGAAGGAGAAACUGGAGUGGGAAUAUGACGACAAUGCAUUGGUCUUCCUCAGGAUCUUGAUCAAAAGCGAUGACAAGUUUGCUUGGAACCCCGUCUUUGCCGUGGCGGCUGUUCGGCUACUUUAUGUCACUUCCGACUGGGUCUUCAUCAGAAUGCUGGAUCUCAAAGGAAGAGAGACCCACUGUACUUUGCUAGUGAAGUUUCAGAUAACGGAAGUUUGA